CGCGGGUUUUGGGUCAGUCACCUGGCACCUGCCGGACCUUGGCACCGCUGCAGGCUGAUAAGGAGAGGUCAGCACCAGCGCCAAGAUGACCUCCCGCGGCCCGCUGACCCUGCUGCGAGUGGUCAGGCGAGGGUUAGGUCACCGGGCGGCCCUGCGGAGCGUGCCCAGGGCGGUGCAGCAGGCGAGGAGGCUUGGCCGGGGACAUGGAACAGCCUGGGGUGGUGUAGCGGCCUUGGUGGGGGGAGGUGUGGCCAGCCUGAGUGUUAGUGUGAUGGCCGAGCAGCCCUCCGUGGCAGCGCUGGUAACUGAGGCGGACCAACUCUACAAACAGAUGAAGUAUGACGAGAUAUGUGCCCUGCUGUCGCCCUACCAGGACGCAAAGAGCGACGAGAUCCUCUGGCGCCUCGGCCGGGCCACGUAUGAGCAAGCCAAAGCAGCCGCCAGCGAGGAGGAGCGACAGCGGCUGUUCCGAGAGGCACUGGACCACGUGGAGGCGGCUCUGGCCAUCAACACUGAGAACUUUGCCGUCCAUAAGUGGCUGUCCAUCCUGAUUGACUUUGUUUACGCAGCGGAGGGAACGAAGGCUAGGCUAUCCAAGGCCUAUGUGGUCAAGGAGCAUAUGAUUAAAGCGUGUCAACUGAACCCAAGCGACGCCACCUCUCGAUACCUUCUUGGUUACUGGUUCUUCAGCUUCGCCAACGUGCCGUGGUACCAGCGGAAGAUUGCCUCGGUUGUCUUCACCACCCCGCCCUCAGGCACCUUUGAAGAGGCCCUCGAGAACUUCCUCUUGGCCGAGAAACUUGAGCCUAAUUUCUAUAGCAAAAACCUCCUCAUGAUCGGCAAGAGCUACCUCAUGCUGGGGAAGAAACCCGAGGCCAAGGAGUACCUUCAGCGCACCCUCAGCUACCCCGCCAAGACAGAGGACGACCGGGAGGCUGUGGCUGAGGCAGAGACUCUCAUCAAGGGGCUGUGACGUGACGGGCUGAGGCAAGGUGAAGGGAAAUGCGGAGAGUGGUCUGGACACACAAAAUUGACCUCUACAUUCAAAAUUGACACGUUCCCAUUAAUACAUCUGUGGUUUGCUUACAUUAUCUUCUAACUAUAAUUUGAUAACAGCAUUCCGUUCAGGAGACAUCCCUUUAUGGAAUGUAAUUGUUUAUAUCAGUGUUCCUUGAAAUACUUACUCAGGAAAUUAUGGUAAGUAAUCAGUGUUAUAAACAUUUCGGAGCUAGGCUUUCACUUCAACUCGCCAGAACUUCUUUAUAGUUGGUUAUUGUGAUUUUUUCCCUAAGCAUCAAAAGUUCUACAUUCACUGCCAAGUCUAAUGGUACAAACAGAUAUCGUCUGUCAUGUGUAUGAGGCAAGAUAUAACGAAUAAAACAUAAACAUUUUCCGCUGGAGCAUUGAUGCCAUAGCCGCUCCUUCCCAGUAAACAAGAGAGCCAGCCAGCCAAUCAGCGGCCUCCUUACAAAUCGAGGCUCGGCGCCAUGGCUCAGAGUUAAGUGAAUUCACUUUAGUGGACUAUCUUGUUGCUGUUCAUGUUUUCUGCCCUUGAGCCGCCUCCCUUCUUGUACAAAAGCGAACAAACAAAUAUAGUCCUUAAUUGUUACUAGGUUCAGCGUCUGGUUCGGCUUAAGUUAUCCCAAGGUGCCUGAAAAUGCCCUCUCGUGAUACAUCCCUGGGUCAGACAGCGCUGUGAUGUGCCUUCAAUAGCUCAAAGAUUUAGGUCGGUAUUAUAAGACACUGGCUUCUCACAUCAGCUAUUUUUAAAGGUCAAAGAGGGGGUCAGUCAGUGUUUCUUUAGGUUCAUGGUACAGAGGGAGGGUCAAAUUAUCACCAGGGGCAUGCAACUACUACUGUAAAUUCCCACAACUCCUAUGAAAGCCUUGUCAAAUAUGUGUUCUUGGGCGGCAAAAUGUCUUAUAAUGCGCCCGUUAGUGUCAGGCCUGUAUUGUCAGACAGUUUCGGCUCUUGCAACAACUGUUUCCCAAUGCCACAAAGGUUGUCAUGAGUGUCUUUUCACGUUGAUAGUUCAGAGGCCUUGUCAGACCAUCACUAGGCUCAUAACACUACCCAUAGAAAUACUGCUUACACAACCUCUACCAAAGCCUUGUCAAACUAUCACCAGGCUCAUAACACUACCCAUGGAAAUACUGCUAACACAACCUCUACCAAAGCCUUGUCAAAUUAUCACCAGGCUCAUAACACUACCCAUGGAAAUACUGCUAACACAACCUCCACCAAAGCCUUGUCAAACUAUCACCAGGCUCAUAACACUACCCAUGGAAAUACUGCUAACACAACCUCCACCAAAGCAUUGUCAAACUAUCACCAGGCUCAUAACACUACCCAUGGAAAUACUGCUAACACAGCCUCCACCAAAGCAUUGUCAGAUGUGGAUGUGUGAGCCCCGAAAUGUUUGAGAAUAUGGGCCUUAGAUCAAUGUCCUACUGUAUGUACCUGCUUGUUAGAAAUACAGUAAUACCUCAGUUUACGAGUGCCUUACUUUACGAGGGUUUUGGUUUACGAGCAAAGAAAAAAAUCACUAAAAACGUCUUGAUUUAUGAGUGGUGACUUGAUGUACGAGCAUCCAGUAUGUACAAGUCGAAGACGUGAGCGUGGGUUCCCUUUAUUCGCUGCAAGACGAGAGCGCGCAGAGUGGAGAAUAAUGGGAAUGUGGUCUCAGUCCGCGUUGUACACUCGCAGAGAUAGCACGCAUGCACUUGUGUCCACUUACAUUUGUGCUCUAGUGUGCAAUCUUUGUGUUUUCAGCAAUACAGUGUACGUUUGUUUUGGUUUAUGAGUUGUUUGGCUUGCGAGAAAAUUCCAGAACGAAGUAAGCUCAUAAAUCGAGGUAUAACUGUAUAUAUUGUUACUGUAGUUGAAAUAUAUAUACCCUAAUGUUAAUGUCCCACAAAAUCUCAAUGAAUCAGCCACACAUCUUGACUCAGUUGGUUCCCAGAGUCCCUUGCUUGGUGCAGCCCAAAGUGUCAUGCUGAAAGGGUGCUGAAUAGAUUUUUAUAGCCUGUAGACUAGCUUUCAAAACGGUUGUCCAAGUGUGGUGUGGACGCUUGCAUAAUGAAUAGUGGAAAACUUGCUGCCCAAGAAAUUGUCAUUGGGUCAGCCUUGGUAGGGUGCUAGGUACUGCUAUUUAGUAAAGUUCUCUCAGGGAAUGACAGGAACAUGGAACUUUGAGAGAACAAUAAUGCAACACAAACAAUUAAGAGUUCUCACAGGACACAAAUACCUAAAUGUUUUUAAUCUACCUGUUUGUUAAUAAGAAAAAAAAGUAAAAUAAUGAUAAAACACUGAA